ACGUCACUGACUCUUUCGCCUGGCGUAACUACCUACCUAGCAGUAUUGGCCCACGCGAAAAAAAAAAGAAGAAAAAAAAAAACACGAUAGAUCUCGACAAGCUGGGUGCUUUGCCAAUGCCGACUGGCAGCUUGGCCCUGCAUGCCCACAACGCACCGACUCCCCGCCAAUUAUCAACAAGCAUCUUUACCUGGAAGUCGCUGAUUUCUGUUCGAGCUUUCACCGCUAACGAUUAGCAAGGUGGUGCGCUCUUUUCUCUCUUUUUUUUUUUUAAUUCUUUUUUUCUGUGUCAACCUCUCGUUUCCAGCUGCUUUGCUUUUUAGUAUUAGGGGCUUGCAAAGCUCAUCUAAUUUUCCAAAAGGGAAGGAACAAUAAAUAGGUGGUGUUACCCCACAUCAUCUCUGUCCACCGGUCCAUGCAAAAUUGGUGGUAGUCCAUAUUACUCUAGAACUUCAAAGCACCAAGCUAUUGUGUGUGAAUGAAGUAGAAGGAGCCAACGAGGGUCCCCCAUGCCCUUUUUGGUGGCAUACCAUAGUACCACGUAUAUGGGGUGGGCCAUCGGAGUCGGGCACUUAAGCCACGAAAAAAAAAGAGAAGACAGAUGAUCCCUCCCCCUGCCCCUCUCUUGGAUCUUUCUUUUCUUUUUACAUAGUACUGCGUAUCAUCCCACGGGAGCUUGUUUCUUUUGCAUCUUGAAGAAACAAAGGUUUUGAGCGAUCAAUGAACCUCUGAUAGGUCAACCCGGACGCCCCUGGAAAGCUUUGGCCAACAAACAACCCCUGAAAUCCCGCUAUAGCAUUUAUCAUGACCUCUAAAGAGACGACACCUAGCGAGCCACAGCCGCAAGGAAAGGCUGCGGGGACCCUCGGCUCCGCAUCGAACCCCACGACGGCGGCGGCGGCGCCGUCAUCGUCGGACCCUGUGCCUGAGCAAACCAGCACUAGCGGCCAAGUCAGGGAUGUCCCGGCUCCCCAGCAAGAAACAGCGUCUGCGCCAGGAACCACUGACACGGCCGCUGGUCCAGAAUCCAGAGCUGUUGCAGCACCGCAGCCAGCACCAGAGUCGACGGCGCCCCUCACGGCUGCGGAGGACAAUGUGGACCAAGGAGAUGUGCUCGAGGCUGAUGAUGUUGUGCGCGAUGAUGAUUCAGCCCUUGAUGUGGCUUCUUUUGGAGGAGAGAGCGCUUCUCUUGCAUCGAGCAUCUUGAAAUACCGUGUCGAAAAUGGGCGAACGUACCAUGCGUACAAAGCAGGGUCAUACGUCCUGCCAAACGAUGAUGCAGAAAAUGAGCGUUUGGACCUGCAGCAUUUCCUUUGUUUUCUGACUCUGGAUGAUCAAUUGUACAUCAGCCCAGCCGGAAGGGAUGGCAAACAGAUUGGCAGGGUGCUAGAUGCUGGCUGUGGAACUGGAUGUUGGGCUUUGGACUUUGCCGAUGAGCAUCCGGAAUCCGAGGUCAUUGGCGUUGACCUGAGCCCGAUCCAACCGUCCUUCGUACCGCCAAAUGUGACGUUUUACGUUGACGAUAUCGAGGCGGAAUGGACCUUCAGCCAGCCCUUCGACUUCAUCUACAUGCGCAUGCUCUCGGCCUCCAUCGCCGACUGGCCCAAGCUGAUCGAUCAGGCAUACAACAACCUGACACCCGGCGGCUGGAUCGAGUUCCUAGACCCCAUCUACCCUAUGGACUGCGACGACGGAACUUUCCCCAAGGACGGAGCGCUGUACAAGUGGUCGUUCCUCCUCAACGAGGCGGCGACGAAGCUUGGCAGUUCGCUCGACUCGGGCCUCACGUACAAGCAGAUGCUCUUGGACAGGGGCUUCAGCAACGUGCGCCAGGUCACGUACAAGUGGCCCAUCAACGACUGGGCGGCAGACUCCAAGCACAAGAAAAUUGGGCUCUACAGCCAAGAGAACAUUAUGCAAGGGCUCCAGGCGCUCAGCUUGGCUCUCUUCACGAGGGCGCUCCACUGGACUGCCGAGGAGCUCGAGGUGUUCCUGGUCGACGUGAGGAGGGACCUGAAGAACCGGAAUGUCCAUGCGUACUGGAGAAUAGUUGUUACAUAUGGCCAGAGGCCAGAGUAAUGUUUUCGACUUGAGGAAUCUAAAUCACAGAGAACAGACAAUGUCAACUAAAUGAGUGCGAGUCCACAAUGUUAAGUCGAGUGACCUCGGUACGGAUGAUUGGCCCAGUGCAUCAACGCCGAGUGCAGUCUGCAGAUACGAGGUGACACUUUCUGUAGUCUAUGAGGCGGCCGUGAUAUUUUUGAAAGAACCAAG